ACGCGUUUUCUCUUUUCAAUGGGUCUUUCUAGAAUUUUCAUGAUUUUUCUUGUUCUUUAGCAAAUCAGAGGUCGAUGCUUGGGGCCUAAGGCUAAGGAACCCUUUUUCGUCAUUUUCAGCUAGACAAGACUAGAUUCCUUGCGUAUAAAAGUGUAGUUUUUGCUUUACAUUGAUCUUCAUAAAUGCAUUUUCAGUUGAUAGUGAGGCAUUUGAGCUAAGAUAAGGUUUAUUGUUUUGGUAUUGUUAUAGUUAUUUGAGUGUGGAUAUGGAAGGCGGAAAUGGGAGGCGUGGCGGAGGCCGUGGUCGCGGCGGGGGUCGGGGUCAACAAGGUCAAGGUGAUCAAGGUGUUGCCGGCGCCGGCGGCCGGGGUGGACGUGGAGGUGGAGGUGGAUCUUACCGGGGUGGAUACGGGCAGGGCCGUGGGGAUCCGCGACCUCACCAGCAGGGUCCGGUGAAUCCGGUUGGCGGGGCUCCUUGGAGAGGGCAACAGCAGCCUGUUGGUAGUGGCGCGUGGGGUCCACCACCACGAGCACAGUUUCAGCAGCCUAGUGGCACUCCGGCCUGGGGUGGCCCACAGCGGCCACCGUUUCAGCAGCAGCAACCGCAACCCGGUGGCGGUAGUGCCACUGGUGCUUGGGGUGGGUCCCAUCGCCCCCAACUUCAGCAUCCACGGAGUGCGGGUCCCUCUGGAGGACCAAGGCCCUGGGGUCCAUCCAUGGUCUCUUCUCCUCAGUCUCAGUCUCAACCCCAAGUCACUGCUUUGCCUCCAGUACCUGUUGAGACUAGCGUGAGGCAAUUGCCUCAUGAAGGUUCAAAGAACAAGUUUGCACCAAUCAAAAGGCCAAAUGUUGGAACCAUUGCAAUCAGGAAAAUCAAUCUGCUUGUUAAUCAUUUCCCAGUUACUUUUAAUCCAAACACAACCAUAUUCCACUACGACGUGGAUGUCAAGCAAGUCAAAGUUGAGAAUGAGCCAACCAAGAAGACGAUUUCAAGAUCUGAUCUUGCCAUGAUCAAGAAGCAACUGUUCGCUGAUAAUCCUAGUGGGUUUCCUGUGGACAUGACUACUUAUGAUGGAGAGAAGAACGUUUUCAGUGUAGCUCCACUACCUAGUGGAGAAUUCAAGGUGGUUUUGUCUGGAGAUGGUUCCAGGACUCGCACAUAUAUGUUCACCAUCAAGCAUGUUGCUGACUUAAAGCUUUCAAAGCUUAAGGAUUACUUGGGUGGAACCGUCUCUCACAUACCUCGUGAAAUUCUCCAGGCUAUGGAUUUGGUGAUGAAAGACAACCCUUCAAGAAGCAGGAUACCUGUUGGAAAGUACUAUUUCUCCCCUGAUUAUCGGCCCGAAGAAGAUUUUGGCUUUGGUGUUGCAGCUCACAGAGGCUACCAACAUAGCCUGAAGCCGACCUCACAAGGUCUUGCUUUAUGUCUUGACUAUUCGGUCUUGGCAUUUCGCAAGGCAUUGCCUGUCUUGGAGUUCCUUCACCAGUAUAUUACAGGUUUCAGACUUGAUCAGUUUGAUAGGUUCAGGAAAAUGGUUGAAGAAGCUUUGAGGGGGUUGAAAGUACAUGUGACUCAUCGCAAAACCAAACAAAAGUACAUCAUAUCCAAAUUAACCCAGAAAAGGACACGAGAGAUAACAUUUCAAGAUGGGGAUGAUCCAUCCAGAGUAUCCUAUCUUGUUGACUACUUCAUGGAUAAAUAUGGGAAGAAGGUUGUUUACCCAGAUAUCCCCUGUUUGGAUAUUGGGAGGGACAGGUUUUUGCCGAUGGAGUUCUGUGUCUUGGUUGGGGGGCAAAUAUUUCCAAAGGAGGAUUUGGAUCGUGAUACUGGCCUUUUCUUGAAGAAGCUAUCACUUCCUCUACCACAUAUAAGGCAGGCUGCAAUUAAUGAAAUGGUUCAGGCUGAGGAUGGACCUUGCGGGGAGGUAAGUAGAAACUUUGGAAUUGAAGUUGAUAUGCCCAUGACACCGGUUACAGGCCGCAUACUUCCUCCCCCUCAAGUGAAGCUUGGUGGUUCAGGCAGGGUCCCUAUUAAUGACAAAUGCCAGUGGAACCUUGUUGGGAAAUCUGUUGUUAAUGGCACCCCAGUUGAGCGAUGGGCGUUGCUAGAUUUUACUUCUUCUGAUAGAUACAGGUUGAGGCCCCAGGAUUUUGUGGGUAAAUUGAAACAGCGUUGCAGAAGUAUGGGGAUCCCCAUGGAAGAACCCCUGGUUUAUCUCCCGGCUAGCAUGUAUGAUCUCAACUCUGUCAGCAAGGUUGAAAAUCUCUUUAAGCGUGUGGUUGAGGAAGCUGGAAGGAAAACAAAGGGAAAACUGCAAAUUAUCCUGUGUGCAAUGUCUGGGAAGCAUGCUGGCUACAAGUAUGUGAAGUGGGUUUCAGAAACACAAGUUGGGGUAGUGACACAAUGCUUCUUGACCACUGUUUUCAACAAAGAGCGUGACCAAGAUCUCGCUAAUCUCUGCAAGAAGAUUAAUGCUAAGCUGGGAGGAAGCAAUUUCGAGCUUGUUGAAAAGUUUCCUCAAUUUAGUGGUCAAGAGCAUGUGAUGUUCAUUGGAGCUGAUGUCAAUCAUCCUGCUGCCCGGAACUCUAUGUGUCCAUCCAUAGCUGCAGUUGUUGCCACAGUCAAUUGGCCUGCAGCGAAUCGCUAUGCUGCUAGGGUCUGCCCGCAGAGUCACAGAACUGAAAGGAUUCUUAAUUUUGGGAGCAUGUGUGCGGGUCUCGUGGACACGUAUGCUCGGAUGAACUCUGUGAGGCCUUCGAGAAUUGUGGUCUUCCGUGAUGGUGUGAGUGAGGGUCAGUUUGAUAUGGUACUGAAUGAAGAGCUGAUUGAUCUGAUGAAGUCUGUUUAUGUUGAAGGCUAUAAGCCACCGAUCACCCUGGUUGUUGCACAGAAGAGGCACAGCACCCGCCUGUUCCCCAAGAACAGGAGCGAUGGAGGAGCCACGGGCAAUGUGCCUCCUGGAACAGUUGUGGACACAACGGUUGUCCACCCUAAUGACUUUGAUUUCUAUCUGUGCAGUCAUUAUGGAGGCCUUGGGACGAGCAAGCCGACGCACUACUAUGUUCUGUGGGACGAGAAUCGUUUCACCUCUGACAGCUUGCAGAAGCUGAUUUAUGACCUGUGCUUCACCUUCGCCCGCUGUGCCAAAGCUGUUUCCCUGGUCCCCCCGGUGUACUAUGCUGAUCUCGUUGCUUACAGGGGGCGCAUGUUCCAGGAGGUGGUCAAGGAGAGGGAACCAUCUGUCUCGCCAUUUACUGCUGCUGCUGCAUCAUCUUCGUCAUCCUCUGCUGGAUUGUCAUUCCAACAGCAAUUCUACAACCUCCACCCAGAUCUGAAAGACAUCAUGUUCUUUGUCUGAUGGGUCCGCCCAUCAGACACCAAUUAUGGGGUGGAGAUGGCCUGACCUUCCCAUUGCGCAUACAUGGUUUGUGCGUGAAUCUAAUGGGAUUCAUAGCUUAGGAAGGUGUGCCUGUUGGAAAUAAAAGCGUGUCUGGUGACCGCUGUUGUAGUUUUUGCUGUGUUUGUUUUUGUUGUUGUUCUUGAGGGCAGUACUGUUGGUUUGUACUGCAUUUGACAAUUGUUGUUCUUGUUGGCAGUACGGUUUGUGUUUGUACUGCAAUGGAUUGUUGAUGUUGUGUUUUAUUUGUCCAGUGUUGGUGAACUGGACUUGUUUGUGUGUUGUUUUAUAAAUUUGGUUUUUUGUGAUUGUGUGAAA